GAUCAUUUUAUUCACAACUUCACUCAAACUUUAAUUGAGUUUUCAUAAAUAGACUAUGAAAUUGAUUCUCGUUAGUUGAUCUAAUCGUGAGUGAGAAGUUGAGAGUAUUUAGUUAGAAUUGUGGAACUAGAGAUGUGUGAACAAGCAAUCACAUUCAAUGUGAAGUGCAUGUGAUGCUACAUUGAUUACUUGUCUUAGGCUCACCAAAAGAUUCUAUUUAUAUUACAUUAUCAUAACUCUAUUACCUCCCAUUCUCUUCAACCAAAACCAAUAUGCAUCUCUUUCCCUUCCCUCCUAUCUUCAUUUUCCCUCUCUUAUUCUUCUUCUACUUCACCAACAUCUCCAUCAUCCUAGGACAACAACCUUACAUUGGCCUAUCCACAACAGCCUGUCCUCGAAAAGGCGACUCCAAAUCAAUCCGCGGCUACACAUGUAACGGCCAAACCACAUGCCAAGCAUACCUCACCUUCAGAUCCCAACCAAUUUACAGUUCAGUUUCAACAAUAUCAUCCCUACUAGGCUCAAACCCUUCUCAUCUCGCCGAAAUCAACUCGGUUUCCUUAAACGAAACCUUCGAAACAAACAAGAUGGUAAUCGUUCCUGUCAACUGUUCUUGUUCUGGUAACUACUACCAAGCAAACACUUCCUAUGUUUUUCAAAACACAGACACUUAUUUCCUAGUUGCUAACAACACUUUCGAAGGCCUUUCGACUUGUCAAGCUUUGAUGCAUGAGAAUCAUAACCCUGCUGAUAUAUAUCCUGGUAGAAAAUUGCUUGUUCCUCUUAGAUGUGCUUGUCCUACAAAGAAUCAAACUGAAAACAACAUUAAGUAUCUCUUAAGCUAUUUGGUUGAUUGGGGUGAUUCUGUUGCAUUCAUUAGUGGAAAAUUUGGUGUUAACUUCAAAACCACUCUUGUAGCUAAUACACUUACUUUAACACACUCUACAAUUUAUCCUUUUACAACACUUCUUGUUCCUCUUUUUGAUAAGCCUAAAAGCUCUCAAAUUCAAGCACAUCAACAACCUUCUCCUUCAUCAACCUCGCCUUCCUCUUCUCCUUCGACCGAUAGAAAAUCAAAAAAAACUUUGGUUUAUGUUGUGGUUGGAGUACUUGGAGGACUAGUAGUUAUAGGCUUAACAUUAAUUCUAUGUGCUUUAUUUUACUUCAAAAAGGGUAAAAAGAAAGAUGAUGUUUUGGUGAAUGUUUCGGAGAGUACUAUUUAUUCGGCGAAAGAGAAGCCUGUGAAGAAAGAAGAAGAAGAAUUGUUAGAGAGUAUUAUAUCUGGUAUAGGACAAUCUUUCAAAGUGUAUGAUUUCGAGGAAAUUAAGGUUGCAACAGAUGAUUUUAGUCCAAGUUUUUUGAUCAAAGGUUGUGUUUAUCGCGGUGUGAUUAAAGGCGAUUUGGCUGCGAUUAAGAAAACAGAAGGAGAUGUUUCGAAAGAGAUACAAAUUUUGAACAAAGUUAACCAUUCUAAUGUUAUUCGCCUUUCGGGCGUUAGCUUCAACGAAGGACAUUGGUAUCUUGUUUACGAGUAUGCUGCAAAUGGAUCAUUAAGUGAUUGGAUAUUUUCUAACAAGAAAAUGAGUGAUGAAAAGUUUCUGAGUUGGAUUCAGAGAAUGAAGAUUGCAUUGGAUGUUGCAAUAGGAGUUGAAUAUCUUCAUAGUUUCACUUCACCUCCAUAUAUUCAUAAGGAUCUAAAGUGUACUAAUGUUCUUCUGGACAAUGAUUUCAAGGCAAAGGUUGCGAGUUUAAGGCUCGCGAGAUGUGUGGGAGGAUUGGAUAAUGAUGAUGAUGAACAAUUUGUUGCUACAAGACAUAUUGUUGGGACAAGAGGUUACAUGGCGCCGGAGUAUUUGGAAAACGGAAUUGUUUCUACGAAGCUUGAUGUUUAUGCGUUCGGUGUGUUGAUGUUGGAAAUCGUCACGGGGAAAGAGGUUGCUGCUAUUCUAGCAGAAGGUAAUGAGAAUCUGAUAGAUUUUUUAAGUGGUAAUGAGAAGCUGAAGGAGUUAAUUGAUUCUUCGUUGCGAGGAAAUUAUCCGUUUGAGCUGGCUAUGUUUGUGAUUGAAAUUGUUGAGAAUUGUUUGAAGAAGGAUCCGGGAAAUCGUCCUACGAUGGAUGAGAUUGUAUCGGCUUUGUCAAGAACGUUGAACUCUUCAUUGAGUUGGGAAAUGUCAGUGAAUGUUGCUAGAUAGUAAAGGAAUAAUAGUUAGAUCAGUUGGUGAUGUUUCUGUGUUUGUUAAGUUCUGGUUUUGUUUAUCAGUAUGUAUAAUGUGAUAUAGUACUAAUGUAUAUGUAUGUUAAGCUAGGAUUUUGUAGAUAAGCAUAUAUAUAAAUUUGAUGUAUGGUGUGAAGAUGAAUGAAUAAGAAUUUUAGUAGGAUUUUAUC